CCAUCGAGAUCGACGGUCGACAUAUUACAGUCGGUGAAAGACGAGCAGAAGUAGACAUGCCGAAACCUCAGCUCUUGCUCCUCGGAGCCAUUGACCAGUGAGUGGUCCUACAUAGUCAUGGGCAGCUCACCUAUUGAACAAUCGAAAGCGCUCACGAAGCGUGGCGAUCCAUGUCCAACAUCGCCGAGAUCAUCGAACCUCAAGCAAAGACUCGCAGCGAAUUUAUCGACGAAUGCAAGUCCGGCAAGCUCGAUUCCGUACACGCGAUAUACCGAACGUUUGCCAGCGUCGAGACCACUGGUCGGUUUGAUCCCGAGCUCGUCGCGGUCCUUCCGAAGAACCUGAAAUAUCUUGCACACGUCGGUGCGGGUUACGACCAGGUCGACGUGAAAGCAUGUUCCGAGCGUGAUCCUCCCAUCCGUGUAUCGAACACUCCUACCGCGGUCGACAACGCGACCGCCGACACGGCCGUAUUCCUCAUGCUCGGCGCGCUCCGAGGCUUCAACGUGGGAAUGACAUCGUUGCGACAGAACAAGUGGCGAGGCGAACCAGCUCUACCCUUGGGUCAUGACCCGCAAGGCAAGGUGCUCGGUAUCUUGGGAAUGGGAGGGAUCGGGCGUAACAUGAUGAAGAAAUGCACCGCGUUCGGAAUGAAGACCAUCUAUCACAACCGGAAUCGUUUAGAUGACGACAAGUCUGGAGGUGCACAGUAUGUCUCCUUUGAUGAACUGCUUGCGCAGUCGGAUGUGUUGAGUUUGAAUUUACCUCUGAAUAACCACACGCGCCACAUCAUCUCUACGGCAGAAUUCGCAAAGAUGAAGAAAGACGUAGUAAUUAUCAACACGGCCCGAGGCGCGGUCAUGGACGAGGAUGCCUUGGUUAAAGCGCUCGAAAGCGGUCAGGUUCGCUCCGUCGGCCUGGAUGUAUUCGAGGAGGAGCCCAAGAUUCACCCAGGCCUCGUGGCUAACCCGAACGUCAUGCUCGUGCCACAUCUAGGGACGUGGACAUUCGAGACUCAAGCCGCCAUGGAGGAAUGGGCGAUGGAUAAUCUGCGCUCGGCGAUCGAGACGGGGAAGCUGAAGAGUCCGGUGCCAGAACAGACAGAUUUAUAGACGCGUCCCGCUGCGAAUGAGCCUUGCCGGGAAGACUAAUAUGAGCAGAAUAGACCUGCUCUGUCUGACUUUCGAAGCUUCGGCCUCCGCUAUAAACAGUAGUUCACGACACACACAUACGGUACUCGUAUAAAUGCAGUCGUAUACACGACAGAAAGUUCCAUGAAACGUGAAGCUGCAUGUUGGACGUAUACCGG